GAAAAACAAAUUCCGACAAAUGUGUUAACAAGAGGAGUGUUCGCAGCCGCAGCGCCAUAAAGUUUACAACAAUACGGGAAAAAAUCGAAAAAAUAACGAAAACUGGAAUUUGUGAUAAUUGUUUUUCGGGCCAAUCAGCGAGAGGGAGAGCAGUGCAAAGAUAACAGAUUUGUUUCGUGUCCCUGAUAAGCGACUCCACUGAUACAGCGGUGUAACUUUGGACAUCCGAACCUUGCCAUAUUAACUUGCUUAUUUGACUGUAAAUUCCGAUAAAAAUACUCAAACAUUUAGAAUUUGAACAGUUCGGCAUUCGAUUGUUCUUCCAGAUUCUUCGCCGUAAUCUUGUUCGCUCUUUGCGCUCUAAGAACCAGAACCCAAUACAAUGCAUUUCUCUCUUUUUGAUUGCUCUUUUAGCGUGCAAUUGCCUUGUUGUGAAAUUUACCGCUACGAACAUUAGUUAGUUAUUCACUCUCUCCCACUAGCUCUCUGCCCAUGUGCAACAACAACAAAAACAACGCGAAAUUUAAAUGUAUAUUAAACCACAAUAUUUCCCAUCCGAAGAGCGAACGCGAGUAAAUAGCAACCGGAAUAACAAAAAGCACAAAGUGAACAAUCGUUAAACAACCAAAAAGCAAGCCAAUUAGAAAAAUAAACACUGCGCAAAAAUCCAACAAGUAAAAAACAGGAGAAUAGAAAGGAAAACGCCGUGAUCGUGAAAAACAAAAAAACUUUAUCUAACUGCAAAUCCGACCGCCAACGUGGGAGGCAUCCGAAGCGAAAACAUCGGAUGAGCAGGCAGAAAAGAGAGAGAAGAGCGAUCUCUGGCAAAAGCUGAUGACAAAACGAGCAAGGGCAUCCAUGUUAGUUGGCCUCAUAUCUUUGUCAAGAAAGAUUAAACGAUCUCGCGGAAUUGAAAUGACCACUCCGGUUCAAUAUAAACAUUGUUGAAAUACCUUCAACAACAAGCGUUCCAAUCGAUUCCUAGGACUAUAUGUUUCAGCGUGAAACACGACCCACAUAUUUACUCCAACAAAUUUGUCCUUUGCAACAAAAUAAGUAAUAUUUAUUCUACGGAAAUCAAAAUUAAUAUAUAACUGGAUCCGUGGUUGUGACUACACCAACAAUUGCAGCACAUACUUACACACUAUACAACAAACAUAUCGCUGUGAGAAUCCGUUGGGACCCAUAGGCGUCGCGCUGAACGGCCCCGGCCUAAGGGGCCAUGACGCGUUGGCCCUUUAAUCUACUACUCUUGCUGUCGGUGGCGGUACGCGACUGUAGCAAUCAUCGCACCGUCCUCACAGUCGGCUACCUAACGGCCCUCACUGGCGAUCUCAAGACGCGUCAGGGACUGGCCAUUUCCGGUGCCCUGACUAUGGCCCUGGAUGAGGUCAACAAAGAUCCCAAUCUUCUGCCAAAUGUGUACCUGGAUCUGCGCUGGAAUGACACCAAGGGGGACACGGUACUGGCCACCAAGGCCAUCACCGAGAUGAUAUGCGAUGGCAUCGCCACCAUUUUCGGCCCGGAAGGACCUUGCUAUGUGGAGGCCAUCGUCUCGCAGAGUCGAAACAUUCCAAUGAUUUCCUACAAAUGUGCAGAGUACCGUGCAUCCGCCAUACCGACAUUCGCCCGCACCGAGCCGCCAGAUACACAGGUCGUUAAGUCGCUGCUUGCCCUCCUGCGAUAUUAUGCGUGGAAUAAGUUCUCCAUUCUGUACGAGGAUGUGUGGAGUCCGGUGGCAGAUCUGCUGAAAGAUCAGGCCACCAAGCGCAAUAUGACCAUCAACCACAAGCAGUCGUUCAUCGAUAAUCGAGUCAAGUGCUGUGAGCAGAUGCUGGAUUGCUGUCGUUCUGGGUAUUGGUACCAGCUGGUGCAAAACACGAUGAAUCGCACACGAAUCUACGUAUUUCUGGGGGCUGCCAAUAGUCUGGUGGACUUUAUGAGUUCCAUGGAGACCGCUGGUCUGUUUGCCCGUGGCGAGUAUAUGGUGAUCUUUGUCGACAUGAUGGUCUAUUCCGAGAGGGAGGCAGAAAAGUACUUGCGCAGAGUGGAUCAAAUAACAUUCAUGUCCAAUUGCCAUAGCACGGAGAACUUCAAUCAAAUGGCCCGCAGUCUUCUCGUCGUGGCAUCCACGCCACCCACAAAGGACUACAUACAAUUCACUAAACAAGUGCAGAAGUACAGCUCAAAGCCGCCGUUCAAUUUGGAAAUUCCCAGGCUGUUUGUAGAAAGUAAUUUUAGCAAGUUCAUAUCGAUCUAUGCCGCGUAUCUGUACGAUUCGGUGAAGCUGUAUGCCUGGGCUGUGGACAAAAUGCUGCGGGAGGAGACCCGAGUCUUGACCGAUGAUGUGAUCUUCGAGGUGGCCAGCAACGGAACACGUGUAAUCGAUACCAUAAUCAAAAACCGUACUUACAUGAGCAUAACUGGAUCCAAAAUUAAGAUCGAUCAGUAUGGCGAUUCGGAGGGUAACUUUUCGGUCCUGGCCUACAAGCCACACAAGUGGAACAAUUCCAACAACAUGCCCUGCAACUAUCACAUGGUUCCUGUAGCUUACUUUCAUCAAGGCGAAGAACAUCCAGAGUACAAGCUCAUCAAUGGCUCCAUAGAUUGGCCAUCGGGCGGUGAGAAGCCCGCAGAUGAACCGAUGUGCGGUUUUGCUGACGAGCUGUGUAAAAAGGUCGAUACCCACUAUACGUCCACAGUCGCCGCUGUGGUUUUGGGCGUACUGCUAUUCUGCUCAGGUGUUAUCACCAUGAGCAUAUAUCGAAAGUGGAAGAUCGAGUUGGAGAUUGAGGGUUUACUCUGGAAGAUCGACCCAAACGAAAUAAAGGGUUAUUCUGGCAACGAGAUUGUCUCCUCACCGAGCAAAGUCAGCUUGAUGAGUGCGCAGAGCUAUGGUUCCCGCUGGACCAACCAGUUUGUUACCUCCACGGGUCGCCUCCGCGGUGCCGUGGUUCGUAUUAAGGAGUUGAAAUUCCCCCGGAAGCGAGACAUAUCCAGGGAGAUCAUGAAGGAGAUGCGAUUGUUGCGCGAACUGCGUCACGAUAACAUCAACAGCUUCAUUGGCGCCAGCGUGGAGCCAACACGCAUUCUUCUAGUCACCGAUUACUGUGCCAAAGGCAGUCUUUACGACAUCAUUGAGAACGAGGACAUUAAGUUGGACGAUCUAUUCAUCGCCUCGCUUAUUCACGACCUCAUAAAGGGCAUGAUCUACAUACACAACUCUCAGCUCGUCUAUCAUGGUAACCUUAAAUCCUCAAAUUGUGUGGUCACCUCGCGUUGGAUGCUCCAAGUCACCGAUUUCGGGCUGCACGAGUUGCGGCAGUGUGCCGAAAACGAAUCCAUCGGGGAGCAUCAGCAUUAUCGAAAUCAACUUUGGCGCGCUCCAGAGCUGCUGCGGAAUCACGUUCACGGCAGCCAGAAGGGCGAUGUCUAUGCCUUUGCCAUCAUCAUGUACGAGAUAUUUAGUCGUAAGGGUCCGUUCGGACAAAUUAACUUUGAACCAAAGGAAAUCGUAGACUAUGUCAAGAAGCUACCGCUCAAGGGAGAGGAUCCCUUUCGGCCGGAAGUGGAGUCCAUUAUAGAGGCCGAGUCCUGUCCGGAUUACGUACUGGCCUGCAUCAGAGACUGCUGGGCUGAAGAUCCCGAAGAGCGGCCCGAAUUCAGUGUCAUACGCAAUCGCUUGAAGAAGAUGCGUGGUGGUAAGACCAAGAACAUCAUGGACCAAAUGAUGGAAAUGAUGGAGAAGUAUGCCAACAACUUGGAGGACAUUGUCACCGAGCGCACGCGUCUCCUGUGCGAGGAAAAGAUGAAGACGGAGGAUCUCCUGCAUCGCAUGCUACCGCAAUCGGUGGCCGAAAAAUUGACCAUGGGUCAGGGUGUCGAGCCCGUUUCAUAUGAUUUGGUCACCAUAUAUUUUAGCGACAUUGUUGGUUUUACUGCAAUGUCAGCGGAGAGCACACCGCUGCAAGUGGUGAACUUUUUGAAUGAUCUCUACACAGUGUUCGAUCGCAUCAUACGCGGCUAUGAUGUCUAUAAAGUAGAAACCAUUGGAGAUGCGUACAUGGUGGUUUCGGGUCUGCCAAUUAAGAACGGAGAUCGACAUGCAGGCGAGAUAGCUUCAAUGGCCCUGGAGCUGCUCCACGCGGUCAAGCAGCACCGCAUAGCCCAUCGUCCCAACGAGACGCUGAAGCUGCGCAUUGGUAUGCACACGGGUCCGGUGGUAGCGGGCGUGGUGGGUCUCACCAUGCCGAGGUACUGCCUCUUUGGUGACACCGUGAAUACAGCGUCCCGGAUGGAGAGCAACGGAGAGGCGCUAAAGAUUCACAUUUCCAAUAAGUGCAAGCUGGCGCUGGACAAACUGGGUGGUGGGUACAUAACCGAGGAACGCGGUCUGGUCAAUAUGAAGGGCAAGGGCGAGGUGGUUACUUGGUGGCUAACCGGAGCCAACGAGAAUGCUAUACAGAAGAAGUUAGUGGACAUGAUGGACAUGCCGCCGCUGUUCAGUCGUCCUCGAAAGAGUCCAAAGCUGAAUCCCGACUCCCGUCAGCCAAGCAUCCAAGCUAUGCACUUUUGCGGCAACGGAUCAAGACGCCAGAGCACAGUUCCCAGGGCGAUGGACGGCGAAUCAACGUACAGCCUCCAGGGAUCCGUGAGGGAAUCACCGCGCAUGGUCAGCAAACGUGACAGGGAUCGAGAGCGGCCACCCAUCAAUGGGCUGGGCGCAGGGCACUUCGUGGGGGGAGCUCUCCUCGAAUCCGCACAGGCCUCGCUUAGCACGCUGAAUCAUUCCGAAACAAACGAAACUAACUGUGAUAUGGAUGGGGGAUCGGGAGGAGUGUCAGGAUCUGGAUCUGGACUAGUGCGUCAGCCCAAUGCACUGCACAAGCCUUUGGCUAUGGUGCGGCCGCAUCGGAUUAUCAGUGCUGCCCAGUUACCCCAACUGCGAGACAAUGAUGAUGACUCCGCAGACACGCUGUUGCGGGAGUCUCGCUCCCUAGAUCCCAUGCCCAUGCAGCAACUGCGCAAACGUCACGACAGGGUAAAGUUGCCGCCCUCAAAGUUGUCCAAGAACAAUUCCCGAUCGCUGGACACGGGUGUAUCGCUGAUCAGUGGGAAUCCCAACGGUGAAGUACACUCGAGUCAGCUGGAUUUGGAUGACGAGAUGACCGCCAACCCGGUGGAUGCCACCGAUGGCUACGACGAUGAGCUGGGCCUUCUGAUGCGCCACGACAACGGCCAACUGCCCGCUCUCCGCUAUUCAGGCAGCUUUCCCAACGCUCAGGUUAGCAUUGUUCCUACAGGAAGGUCGGCAGGAGGAGGAGGAGGAAGAGAAGGAGGUGGGAGCAACUGUGCCAAGCAUCUGAACAACAACUGCAACGGAGGUGUGAACAUCGAGGAUGAUCUGGAGUCGCCCCUGCUGCAACGCCAGGCAUCGCUGUCGGUGCCGCCAGAGGAGAUGCUGGCACACAACAAACGCUGGCACUCACUGGAGCACAUGGAUGGACCCGGUGGGCAUGGCGGAAAUAGCGUUAGCUAUGCCGCCGAUAUUGAUAACCGCCACCCCGGAGAUUUGGACUUCUUCAGCGGUUCCUCCAAUCAGCACCAUAGAUCCAAAGCGCCUGGUGGGAGCAAGCUGACUAACUGGAUGACUAACAUCUUCAAGGGCAACGGCGUGCGCAGCGGUGAGGCUAGGCGAGUGGGAAUCCUGCCCAGCAGUGUGCACGGCGCUCGAACCGGAUUCACGGAUAUGGCGGCAUCGGCAGCAGCCCGCGAUCGUGAGAGUAUAGUGUAG